CUUUUUUAGGCUAUGUAUUUGGGGUUGGAGUAUUGGGGGUUGUUUCAUGCAGGGAGAUGGUCAGUAAAACGACGUCGGAUGAUAGAAGACUGAGUCGACUCAAUGCAAAGCGAGUCAGGAAUGCUCGACGGAGGAGGCUGGAGUUCCGGCGAAUGAAGCCGAAAUGCCAAUCUGAGACCGACGUCGGGGUCGGGACCGGCGUCGAUGAGAAGGAAGAGAAAUCCAAUGUGGAAGACUGCUCGACAGAGAUAUCGCUGUCGUUCUCCUCGUCGUCCCCGUCGUCCUCGGAGAACGACGCAAUUCCGGCUAAGAAGACGGAAGUUGCACGAAGUUUUCAGCCUCCGUCGUACGGGACGGUGUCGGUGAUUGGGAGGAGGAGGGAAAUGGAGGAUGCGGUGAGGGUGGAACUGGGGUUUUGGAGCGGGGGCGGAGAGAGGUACGACUUUUUUGGGGUGUACGACGGGCACGGCGGGGUUAGGGUGGCGGAAGUGUGCAGAGAGAGGCUGCACAGGGUGCUAGCGGAGGAGAUAGAGAAGGAGAAUUGCGGUGGUGGCGGUGGGUGGGAGAGAGCGAUGAAGAGAUGUUUUGGGAAAGUGGAUGACGAGGUGGUGAGUGGAGGGUGGUGCCGGAAGGAGAACGGGGCAGUGAACACGGUGGGAUCGACGGCGGUGGUGGCGGUGGUGGGCGGGGAGGUGGUAGUGGUGGCCAACUGCGGCGACUCCAGAGCUGUGAUAUGCAGAGAUGGUGUCGCCGUGCCUUUGUCAAACGAUCAUAAGCCAAACAGACCAGAUGAACUGGAUAGGGUAGAAGCUGCGGGAGGAAGAGUCAUAAAUUGGGACGGAUACCGAGUCUUGGGAGUACUUGCCACUUCGAGAUCUAUAGGCGACCAGCACCUCAAGCCAUUUGUGAUAUCAGAACCGGAAGUCACAGUGAGUGAGCGAACCGACGCCGACGAGUUCCUAAUUCUAGCAAGCGAUGGCCUGUGGGACGUGAUAUCGAAUGAGGUUGCAUGUCAAGUUGUGAGGAGAUGUCUGGACGGCCAAGCGGGGCGAAUUCGGAAGAUUGAAAAUGGAAGAUCAUCACAUGCAAUUGAAGCAAAAAGUCGAGUUGCAGAGGCAGCAACUCUGCUGGUAGAGAUGGCAAUGGGACGAGGUAGUAGAGAUAACAUAAGUGCCAUAGUAGUUGAGCUGAAGAAACCCAAAACUGGAAAUUUCUGUGAAUAGCCCAAGUUUUUUAGCUUCAAAACAUCGCUCUAAUCAUGGGUUAAUCGUGGAUUUUGCCAUCGGAUUAUCGGCUUACUUGAAGUUGGUAGUUCUGAGAGAUGAAAUGUACAGUUUGGAAGUGGGAGACUAACCAACGAUUCAAUUGAUUAGGGUUUUAAUUAUAUCAACCGAAUUGCCUUCGCUGCCUUUGCUUAUAUAUAUAUAUAUAUAUGAAAGAAAAUUUUCUUGUUCUUUGAA